AUGUCUCCCAUGAGCAAGAUCACCGCCGUUCUCUGCUAUGCACUCCUCUUAACUUCAGUGGCUGCGGACCAUGCAGUAUCACGAAGAGAUGUCCAUGAUAUCAAACGAAGAGAAAUUAUUGAUUUCGACCGUCGUUCAAUUGCAAAUCAACCCAUCUUCGAGCGGGCCUUUCUACAUAAGCGUGAGCCAAUUUUCGGCGCAAUCGCAAAAGUAGCAGUAAAGGGAGCAGCAAAGGGAGCCGCAAAAUCAGCGCCCAAAGCGGCAGCAAAAUCAGCGCCCAAAGCAGCAGCGAAGGCGGCGCCCAAAGCAGCAGCAAAGAAGACCCCGCCUGCUGCAAAGAAGACCCCACCAAAGACCCCGCCGAAGACCAAUGCGGCAAAGAAGACCGCACCAAAGACCGCACCAAAGAACAACGCGGCAAAGAAGACCGCACCAAAGACCGCACCAAAGAACAACGCGGCAAAGAAGACCGCACCAAAGAAGACCGCACCAAAGACCGCACCAAAGACCGCACCAAAGAAUAACGCGGCGAAGAAGACCCCGGCGAAGAAGACCCCGCCAAAGAACAACGCGGCGAAGAAGACCCCGGCAAAGAAGACCCCGCCAAAGAAUAACGCGGCGAAGAAGACCCCGCCAAAGAACAACGCGGCGAAGAAGACCCCGGCGAAGAAGACCCCGCCAAAGAACAACGCGGCGAAGAAGACCCCGGCAAAGAAGACUCCGCCAAAGAAUAACGCGGCGAAGAAGACCCCGGCGAAGAAGACCCCGCCAAAGAAUAACGCGGCGAAGAAGACCCCGGCAAAGAAGACUCCGCCAAAGAAUAACGCGGCGAAGAAGACCCCGGCAAAGAAGACUCCGCCAAAGAAUAAGGCGGCGAAGAAGACCCCGGCAAAGAAGACCCCGCCAAAGAAUAACGCGGCGAAGAAGACCCCGCCAAAGAGCAACGCGGCGAAGAAGACCCCGGCGAAGAAGACCCCGCCAAAGAACAACGCGGCGAAAAAGACCCCGCCAAAGAAGACUCCGCCAAAGAACAACGCGGCAAAGAAGACCCCGGCAAAGAAGACCGCACAGAAGAAGACACCGGCGAAGAACACUCCAAAGAACACUCCAAAGAACACUCCAAAGAACACUCCAAAGAACACUCCAAAGAACACCCCAAAGAACACCGGAAACAGAAAUAACAAGCAGAAUACCGGAAACAGAAACAACAACAAUCGAAACAAGCAGAAUACCGGAAACAGAAAUAACAACAAUCGAAACAAUCGAAACAAUCAGCAAAACAAUCAGCAGAACAAUCAGCAAAACCAACCCAGCCAAUGGAAUAACCCCGACACCGUAUUCCAAGGUGUUGAUGCCCUCACAAAUGUCGUCGGCACUGGUAUUAGUCUUAACCAGCAGGCCCAACAAGCACCGCCUGCUGCUGACCCUGCUGCUGCUGCUGCUGCUGCUGCUGCUGCUGACCCUGCUGUUGCUGAACCUGCCGCUGCCGAACCUGCCGCUGCGGACCCUGCUGCUGUAGAGGACCCUAACGCACAGCCGGUCUAA